AUGUGGCUUCAACAGUUGCGUAAACAGCCGACUGUCCGUCAUGAGUACUAUGAUGUACUUCCAAACUAUUCCGCUCGAAAUACUCACAGUAAUGAGAUGGGUAUCGCUGGUUCACAUCAGCACUUGAUAAAUGUGAUCAAUCAGGUUAAGGCAAAAAAUAGCUCCCUUGGUAACGGCCUUAUCGCGUUGGGCGAUAUUUGA